GAUGCAUGGUUCUACCAUAGCACCAAAAAGGGUCCUACUAUUUUUACGAUGCUUGUGUAAUGUUGCAGAACCCUUUUGGGUGCUGUUUAUACCAUCAACCCGUCAAUCUGAAGAACCAUUUCACCAUGCAAAGAACCAUUUUAGCACGAAAAUGUUUUUUUGAGUGUUCGUGGUCCUAAAUAGAACCAUUCCACGUACUACAGAACCUUGAGGAACCAAUUUUUUUAAGAGUCUUUUUUAUAUGUAUAGUAUAUUGACUGAUUGUCUCGCAGAAUAAACAUGAUAUUUUUUUGUGUGAAAAUAUGUAUUAAAAAAAACAACUUUUACCUAAAUUUCGCGAAGCCGGGGCUUCAUCGAAACAGCUAAAAAUGCCCUCAUCACGCGCGACGCGAAGCCUUACAGGACGGGUGUUGGGACAGGACUAUUUUUUUCGCACCCGUAUUAAGUCAAGUCCCGCCUCUCCUCCUCCAGGAUUGGCUAGUAGGCCGUCUUACCCCAGAGCUCUGAUCCUCUUCAACGUUCUAUCCCCGCCCCUCGUGCGCUAGUAUUGGCCAGCGCUUUCGCCUUUUAGAAUGGCGGGAUGAUGGUGAGUGCAACAGCCAAUCCCAGCGCAGGAGGCCGGUGCGCAUUAGGCAAUCGCAACGCACCAGGGCGUGGCUUGUAGGAAUACGGGUGCGGGGGAAAAAAAAAAAACUCGCCCAAAUUCACUCGCCGCUAUUGUGUCUCAUAACGGCGGUGACGUCACCCGAGUCUCUCGCGUACGGUUGCCAGGGGUGACGGCAUGACAUUUCAGACGAUAAAACAAACCCCUCAGAAGCCAAACUGAGGACACUGAGUUAAUCUAGUUUUUUUUUGUGAGUUUUUUUUGGUUUUAAUUCAGACCUAAACCCAACAAAGUCGUCUAAAAGUCUUUCCUCAGACAAAAACAAAGAGCUGUAACGUGACGUUGACAUGGAGGAUUCAGACACAAGAGAAAAAGUGCUCAAAACAGAAACUACGGACAAAACCAUGCGUCCCUCAGAGGCCUACACGGACCCUUAUGAGAGGUGUGUAAGGUAUAUGGAAAGCCACAGUAUCCUCCAGAUAUUCCAGGAAAUCACAGAGAAGCUGGUUUAUGACAUGCCAGAUGACCCCCUGCAGUUUAUUUUUGAGCAGGUCCAGGAGAAGAUUAGAUCUCGCGAAGAGUCCAGCGUUAAAGCUGAGAAAUCUGAAUAGGUUUCUCAGGAAUUGGACACAAUAAAGACCGUGCUCAUA